UUAAUUGCUUUGCAUCUUUCUGGCAGCGCGUCUUAGCUCAAAGUGCUCUGAAGAACACAGAACCGACUGCAGUGGUACAGACACAGUGCUGAGACAAAGCACCUUAACAAUAACCUAUUGUUACACAUUUAGACAUUUAGUAAUACCUCAAGACCAAAUACUGGUGGUUUUGAGAGGGGAGUGAGCUGGAGAAUAUAACGACGGAUUUGGGUGUAGAGUCUUAAUUUGACUGAUUUUGUAUUGACGUCUAAACGUUUCGCCGUCCUGCGCUGUAAGACCACGAGACAAGGCUAUGGGGAAUGCAAACAGCGGCACAUCGGUAGAGGAGCUGACCGCCUGUGAGAUACACCAGUGGUACAAGAAGUUCAUGAUCGAGUGCCCUUCCGGACAGCUGACGCUUUACGAAUUCAAGCAGUUCUUCGGAUUGAAGAAUCUCUCUGCCUCUUCCAAUGCCUACGUUGAACAAAUGUUUGACACGUUCGAUAUGAAUGGCGAUGGGUAUAUUGACUUCAUGGAGUAUGUCGCCGCACUGAGUCUGGUCCUGAAGGGGAAAGUGGAGCAGAAGCUGCGCUGGUACUUCAAGCUCUAUGAUGUGGAUGGAAAUGGCUGUAUCGACAGGGGAGAGCUGCUGAACAUCAUCAGGGCGAUCAGAGCGAUCAACGGCUGCAAGCAUGAAAUGACAGCGGAGGACUUUACCAACAUGGUGUUUGACAAGAUUGACAUCAAUGGCGAUGGCGAGCUGUCGCUGGAGGAGUUCAUGGAAGGGGUCCAGAACGACGACAUGCUGCUCGAUGUCUUGACCCAGAGCCUUGACCUCACGCACAUCAUGGAGAUGAUCCAGGGCGAAGGGGGUGACGAGGAGCAGGCGACCCCGUCCUGACUGUCCUGACUAAGGAAUCAGACUGCACUGCACAGUUUGAGGCUCCACCUAUCACAUUGACAGUGAUCGGUGGAUCUCUACCGUUCACCAAAGAGGCUUCUGGUACUCCACCCAGUUUAACCAGAAAAUAUCCGUUGGAGUUGCAAAAGGUUGAGUGUAAAUCUAAACACUUGACCAUUGCAGGAGUAGUGUUUUGACAUCUACAAUACUGGACCUGCAUUUUGUUCUCAAAUUAUUCCUUUAGAGCUGAUAACAGUCUGAUGAUGUUGACUGUUGGGUGAGACCUCAUGAAGACUAUUGUCAGGUUUUUUUUUA